CGAUGAUUGUUCAUCCACUUCUAUCAUCCGAAUUCGAUCAUUGAACCACAAUUUGGAGAAGGCGCCCAUCUCUACAUGUUAAGGUGAAGCUGGCAACGUGGCAGUGGUCAUUCUCCCAUCACGGAACGUUUUUUUGCUGAGAUUAUUGACAAUCUUGACAGCUUCACGUCAAGUGUGAUGUCAACAAAUGACCGGAUUGUUUGUAUUGUUCAAGAAACUUUUGAAAUGAUGAACUUACACUAUUUUUUGACUUAAAACUGGUUAACGGACAGCUGAACAAUAAAAUGGGAACCGAAAAGAAACUAUUCCGGCUUGAACAACCCCAUGGGCCUGGAAAUGUUUAUGUGGCCUGGCAAAAGGGCUCUGGCAUGUAUUUCGCGACUACAGGCGUUGAUUCAAUGGUUAAUAUUUUCGACCGAUAUGGAGAGGUUCAAGAACGUAUCAGGCUUUCCAGCCUUUGCCAGGGAUUUGCUUGGGAUAACAAUGGUGAUUUAUUAGCCAUGAUCAGUCAAACUCCAGAAUUGAUACUUUGGGAUGCAAAUACAAAUAAGAAAAAUACCAUAGAUGUUGGUCUGAAAGAUGUAUUGAGUUGUCUAGUAUGGGCUAAAAAGGUACCUAUACUUGCCAUAGGCACAACUAAAGGAAAUCUUUCAAUAUACAACCAUAAUACCUCAAAACGUACACCUGUGUUUGGCAAACACACCAAAAAAGUAACAUGUGGUGCCUGGAACCAAGAAAAUAUUCUUGCCCUCGGUUCUGAUGAUAAAACAAUGUCUUUGAGUAAUGCAGAAGGUGAUACACUGAGAACGAUACAACUAAGAGGAGAACCAUCUGAAAUACAGUUCUCAGAAAUGAAAACAGAUGAAAGAGUUGGAGGAGAAAAUACUAUCAGCCUUGUAGUUGGAAAGAAAACUUUAUACCUGUAUAAUCUGCUGGACCCUGAUAACCCCAUAGAAUUAGCCUUCCAAGGUUUUUAUGGUUUGAUAGUGAAUUACAAGUGGUAUGGGGAUGGCUAUAUAUUAAUAGGCUUUUCCAAUGGAUAUUUCAUAUCAAUAUCUACACAUAUCAAAGAAGUAGGCCAGGAAUUGUUUCAAAUUAGGAAUCAUAAAAAUUCUCUGACUGAUAUAACCAUCAAUAAUGUUAUUGGAAAGGCUGCUUCAUGUGGUGAUAACACAGUAAAAAUUCAUGACUUGGCCAACCUGAAGGAAACAUCAACAGUAUUAAACCUGUCUCAAGAAGCAGGUGUGGACCAAAUUCACUGGAGUAGUGAUGGACAACUUUUGGCUGUUUGUACUGAAGGAGGUUCUGUGAAUGUUUAUGUCUCAUACAUGCCACUUUUAACAUCAGUGUGUCCACCAAGGAUAGCUAUUCUUUCAAGUCUGACAGAAGUCAGUCUGUAUAACUAUACUUCAGAUAAGUCUAAGUUGAACGCAGUACCUGUGGCAUUAGAAGUGGAACCCAGUUUUUUGGCGAUUGGACCCUUACAUUUAGCUGCUGGUAUGAAUAAUAAUGUGUGGUUCUAUGAUCUCACCAAAUCACAACCAGGAAUGGAUGAUCUACCUUUGAAAUUGAAAAGCAGACAAUAUUUAGGAACUGUCUCUAGUAUCAAAGUCAAUGCUGAAUAUGCUUCUGUUUUGUUUGAUGGCAAGAUACUGUUGCACAUGAUUGAUCAGCCAGAAAUCGUUCAAGAAGAUAGAGAAUCCAUUAUGUUUCCAGAUGCCGAAAAUGAGACCAUGGUUAUAACCUGUCAUGAAUUGACAGCAGAUUUUCUAGUUUACGCGACAGACAUGGGUCAUAUUAUCUACUUCCAUAUGGAAGAUUGGGCUAGAGCUUUGGAGUAUAGACAUGCAAUUGGUAUCACGAGUAUUUUUGUAGAUUUAGCCGGCACAAGACUAAUUUUUUUGGACAUAAAAACAAAGGGUUAUCUAUUCAAUGCUGUAUUGAAUGAAAUCAUACCAAUACCAGAUUUACCGGCGAAAACAUAUGGUAUUACUUGGGAUAGCAACAUAAGCGAUAGAAACAUUUUUAUUGCUUAUGACGACCAUGAAAUCCGUACAUAUGCAUAUAUCAGCAAUUCUGUAGACGGGGUGUGUGUGAGAAAAGUAGGGCGAACUGUUUUGGUAUCAGAGCAAAUUCCUCUGUUGAUGUACGCGGGCGAAGUUAUGUCAGCUUCUUCUGGAGGUCAACUGACACAAAUAUUAUUGUCAACUCAUGAUUCCAUGCCAAUUGGGAUUAUGGACAAGGAUCAGACCAUCUUAGAGACGAACUUCAGUAAACAACUGAAUUUAUUAAGGUUCAACUCUGCUUUUUCCACAUGCUCAACAUUGAAAUCGAAAGCAUGCCUAAGCAAGUUAGCUGAAGAAGCAAUGAAACAUUUGGAAAUAGAAACAGCAAUCAGAGCAUACAAAGAAUUAGAACAAGUUCACAUGGUGUGGAACCUCGAGGGUCUGCUAGAAGUUGAAGAGAAGAAACUACUCUGUGGCUACAUCAACAUGUUCAUCCAGAGGUAUGAUAAAGCCCAAGAGUGGUUCCUAAAAUCGAGCGAGCCGGUUGCGGCGCUGGAAAUGCGCAGAGAUCUGUUGCAAUGGGAUCAGGCGUUGCAGUUGGCUAAAAAGAUGGCACCUGAACAGGUGGCGCUUAUAUCCAGAGAGUAUGGACAACAGUUGGAGUUCAUCGGAAAUCAAUCCGAGGCACUAAGACAUUAUGAGAAAGCUCUUCAAGAAGACUUAAGUCCUGAGCACACGUUUAUAUGUAAAGCUGGAAUCGCCAGAACUAACCUGCACUGUGGAAACUACAGGCAUGGGAUGUCCAUUGCCAUAGAAUUGGACAACAAGCAAUUGUUAAGGGAAUGUGCCGAGAUAUUAGAUAAAAGAAAACAGCUGGGCGAGGCGGCAGUACUUUUUGAGAAGUGUCAACAGUAUGAUAGGGCUGCCUCGAAUUAUAUCAAGCUGAAGAAUUGGGCCAAGGUUGGCGAACUUCUGCCUAAUGUCACAUCUAGUAAGAUCCACCUACAAUAUGCAAAAGCAAAAGAAAGCGAGAAAAAAUAUACGGAAGCUGUGGCAGCUUACGAGAAAGCCAAAGAUUUCGACUCUGUGAUUCGACUUCAGCUGGAACAUCUUAAUAAUCCAGAGAUUGCUGUUGAGUUAGUACAGGAAACUAAAAGUGUCGAAGGAGCCAAAAUGGUUGCAAAGUUCUUUUUGGGGUUGAACGACAUAACUUCAGCCAUAAAGUUUCUUGUGCUUUCAAAAUGCAGCGAAGAAGCUUUGGAUUUGGCGAAACGGAGCGGCAAAAUGCAGUUAUAUGGCGAGAUCUUACUGGAUACGUUCACUGAAGAUGAAAUCAAGCCACAUGAUUUCAUCAACGUUGCAACUUAUUUUGAAGGCGAAAGGAAUUACUUGUUAGCUGGAAAGUAUUGGUUUCACGCCAGAGAAUACCAUAAGGCAAUGAAGCAUCUUUUGAAGGCUGCUAGAUCGAAUGCGCAUGAGAAGGAAGCAUUGACUUCGGCAAUUGACGUCGUAGCCUCGUCGAAUGACGAAACUUUAGCAAAUAAUCUCAUAGAGUUUCUUUUGGGGGAAACUGAUGGUUUUCCGAAGGAUCCUAAAUACCUCUUCCGGCUGUAUAUGGCUAGAAAACAGUUCAGGGAUGCCUCAAAAUCUGCUCUUAUUAUUGCUAAUGAGGAACAGGUCAAUGGGAACUACAGAAAUGCGCAUGAUGUUCUAUUUGCCAUGUGCCAAGAGUUGAAACAGAAUGGUAUAAAGAUCCCAUAUGAUAUGUAUGCUAGUCUGAUGCUGUUACAUAGUUACAUCCUGGUACGAUUACACGUGAAAAGAGGGGAUCAUUUGAAGGCAGCUAGAAUGUUGAUCAGAGUUGCUAAUAACAUCUCCAAGUUUCCAUCUCACGUGGUUCCGAUCCUAACGUCAUCGGUCAUAGAAUGUCACAGGGCCGGACUUCGACAAGCGGCUUAUAAGUAUGCCACCAUGUUGAUGAAUCCAGAAUAUAGAAAGAGCAUAGACUCAAAGUACAGCAAAAAAAUCGAAGCUGUCGUUAGAAAACCUCCAAAGAGUGGUAAAGACGGUGAGCCACUUGUAGAUCCGGUAGAAGAUUUGAGUCCAUGUCCUUACUGUGAAAAUAUGUUGCCGGAGACUGAAGUCAGUUGCAACAGUUGCAAAAAUAACAUCCCUUUCUGUAUAGUGACGGGUCGACACAUAGUGAACACAGCUUUGACUGCUUGUCCUGAGUGUGAUUUUCCCGCUCUACGAUCCGAGUUUAUCGAGAUACUCGAAUUAGAGCCUCAGUGUCCAAUGUGCUCCGAAAAAGUUGAUCCAAGGCGGGUAACAAAAAUUGAAAAUAUUGACGCCUAUUUAAGCUUAGAGUGAUUCAAAUAUUUGUGUUUAUUUUAUUUUUAUACAGUGUUGAUCUCAUUAGAUUUAUAAGUGUUAGAACUAUAAAAAAAUAAGGGCGCAAUAAAUUGGAUUUUAAACUC